AGUGCCCAGCGACACCAAGAAAUAUGCGCACAUUUGAAGCUCGGACAGCUAUUGUAUGCAAUGUUUCAUUCGUUUCACCUUACAGCGCGCGCUUAAAACCACUCCUGGGCAAGCGAGCAAGCGUUACGCGUUUGCUGACUUAUCGUUCCUGUCUUGCCGCCGGCGCUCGCAGUGUUGCAACUUGUUUGGGAUAUUUUUCAUUGACGGCGCUAAUCGUUGUCAGCAACUUCGCACUGGUCUGUUAUGGACGUGAUAGAUUCAAGCAAGUCGUCAAUCGUGAUUAAGCAACAUAACUGAGCAUCGUGUUGGACGUCAGCGGCGUCGGGCCAGACGAGGAAAACUUUAUGCGUCUAGGGAAUAACGACAAAGCACGCCCGUUCAGACUUGCCAGCGAUGCUCGUUAUCGCGAAACGAUCAGCAACCUUUUCAUCCAGCAACCCUCCUGCUGAGCCAAUACGGCACGUACUGUUUGUUCAUGAUAUCGCAGGGUGCAUUACGUGGGCGCUGACUGGCGAUGUUUUCCCACUUUCUCACGCACUUCUACACACAAGGUUGAUCCUAAGCACGAGACUCACGACUGGAUCGCUGAUCUGGGUGUAUGAGUAGUUUGAAUAGAAUGUGACGUUGCAUUGCAGUCCACGUCGCCGGAGCACGAGACAUAGUGCGGCGGCAUUGAAGUUUCGUGAAGCUGCUAGUCUCGUACGCGCCAUAU